UGAGGGUGGCGUUUAUUCAUUACAGGACGGUGUUUUUCAAGUGAGGUUGGCAGGUACAUUCAAAACUAAACUACAAAAUAUUAUAGUUACAAACUAAAGAGAGGAGAAACUGCUUGUACAUUCAGUUAAAUUUCGCGUCAUUUAGUAACUAACUUACGUAGUUAGCCUAAAAAGCUAUUUGUCAGCAGCUUCGGAAGGUAUCCAUGACCGUUAACUCCGCUGUUAAUGAUGAGCAGAGGUGCUUUCAGGAGCAUGUUGUUAUUUGGAGUUCUUCUGUCAGGUUCCAGAGUCCGUGCAGAGGAGACGCCGCCCCGCAUCGUCCACCACCCCACUGACGUGGUGGUGAAAGUCGGGAGUCCUGCCACGCUCUACUGCCGGGCGGAUGGCAGCUCCAAGCUGACCUUCGAGUGGCUGCGAAACGGCCAGCCUCUGGAGACGGAGAAGGGAGAUGGAGAGCUGCAGCCCAUGGUUCUGCCAGAGGGGAGCCUCUUCUUCGUGAGCGUGGGAGGGGGCAGGCGAGGCCAGUCACACGAGGGUGUCUAUGCCUGCGUGGCCAGGAACAGCGUGGGCAAGGCCACCAGCCACAAUGCGUCGCUGUAUAUCGCAGCGUUGCAGGAGGAGUUCAGUGUGCAGCCCAGUGAUGUGGAGGUGGCAGAGGGGGAUGUGGCUGUCUUAAACUGUGGCCCCCCAGUGGGACACCCUGAACCUAAUGUCAUGUGGAAGAAGGACGGCCUGCCUAUCAACAACACUGAUCACCACUACACUGAGCUGAGUGGGAAGCUUAUCAUUGCUCCUGCAGAGAAGAACCACUCUGGUGCUUAUGUGUGUGUGGCCAGCAACACUAUGGGAGUGAGAGAGAGCAGGGCAGCCCGGCUGUCUGUGCUGGCUAAACCUGUGUUGGUGCUGAAGCCAGAAAAUGUGUCUGUGAGAAUGGGGGAGUCUGCCCAGUUCUACUGCCAAGCUAAAGGUGACCCCCCACCGGCUGUGGUCUGGAGCAGAGAGCAGGGGCCUCUGCCCAACGGCAGGUAUCUUGUAAACCCAGACCAGACUCUCCAGAUCCAUUAUGUUACAGCCCAGGACGCUGGGAAGUACACCUGCACCGCUGUCAAUGAUGCAGGCGUGGUCACCGCCAGCGCACAGCUGCUUGUUGAAGAGGCUGCCAGCACUAAACAGAAAGACCUCCACAAAGAGCUGUCAGCCCUGCGAGUUGCUCUGGAAAAUGUCAGCAUUGUGGCCCCUGGGUCAAACAUAUCUCAAGUACAAUGGAAGCUCCAGUCCCUCCCAGCCCAGCCUCAUUACCUCAAUGGCUUCGAGGUUCUCUAUCGCUCCCUGCUGCCUGCCAGCUCGGACUGGGCAGCGAAGAAGGUGUCGCUGCCCAGCUUCCAGACUCAGGUGGGCCCCUUGAAGAGAGGCUACAAGUAUGAGUUCAAAGUUCGUCCCUAUGGCGGCAACUUGUACGGGAGGGAGAGCAACACCCGGCACCUCAGAGUCCCUGAGACGGUGCCAAGUGCCUCCCCCCUGACUGUGUCCAUAACAGUGAGCCACGAGCAGAAUAACACCAUCCAUUUGAGCUGGGAGCCUCCUCCUCAUGAAACCCACAAUGGUCUCAUACAGGGUUACCAGGUGUGGUGUGUGGAGUCAGAGGAGCACCAGUACCAGAACUGGACAGUCGAUAGUGGCCAACACAACCUCGACAUCUCUGCCCUCAAACCAGGGAAACGAUAUUGGAUCACCGUAGCAGCCAUAAACGGAGCUGGAGUAGGAGUGCUGAGUGACCCGCAUGGAUUUGUCAUCAACCCACAAAUAGAUGUUCCCCCAGAAUCAGACAGCCAAAGACGGGGUCUGUCCCAGGUCUUAGCCCUGCUUCAGGACCCAGUGUUUAUCGGCAGCAUUGGUGCCCUCUUGUGGUGCGGUUUGAUAGUUGCAGCUGUCUGCCUCUUCAGACGCCACAGCAGGACAGGCCACCUGAUACCAGGACAUGGCAGGGCUAAAGGUUUGCACAGACUAGCCAGUGAAGAUCUCAUCAUAAAACACAGGAUGGCAGCUCCAGACUCCCCGUGGAUGUCCGGAGGGUGGAGGCCUGCCUUCAGCCAGAAGUAUCAGGACUUAUGGGCCCAAGGUCAGAAACAUCCAGGGAUCAGGAGCACCACUCCAGUCGUUCUACAAAGCUAACAGUGGACACGGGCUCCCUCCAGUCAGUGUGUGCUGCAUCAGGCCACCGUGGGCCACCAGGACCCACCAACAACAACAGCUGCUCCACCUACAGCCACCUGUCUACUGCAUCAUAUUCCAUGUCAAUGGAUGACGAACAGGGUGGCACACUGACAGCAGACGAAGCCACCCAGUAUCUGGAGCUCAGCCCUAAACCUGAGAGAUACAGCAGUGCCCUGCCUGAGCCACGUCCCUCCCUGACCCACUCCUUCUCCCCCAGCCUGGGCUACAUCUGUGGGCCGGUCCGCUCCGCUCAGCUGGAGGAUGACCCUGCAACCGACGAGCCCGAGGCACCGCCGAUUGGCCUGCGACGUGCCCGCCUCCAGAGCACGCCUUCUUCCUGCUACAGUGAGUGGGACAGCUCACUGUGGAACACCUGGAGCUCAGUCACAGACGGCAACAUGGCCAGCGCGCGCACCAGCCUCAUCAGCUCGGUGGACAGCUGCUACACUAACGACAGCACCAACUUCGCCCGCUUGCUUGCUGUGGCAGCGGAGACCAUGAGUGGAGCCUCCUUGUCAGACUUCUCUCCGCCAGCCUCCCCCCUCAGCGCCUUGUAUCCGUCGUUUGGCGCAGGAGGGGACUCGUUCGGGGACUUGGAGCCGGUUCCCGCGUGGGACUGGAGCAUGGCCUGGAUGGAGGAAAUGGAGGCUCAGUACAGAGCGCACUAUCCUGGCAGAAACAGCAGACCCUUUGACACUUAGGGACGCUGCCAGAAGAGUAAAAGAGAGCUUCAGAAACAACCCGCAGCAAUGCUAGAACUGCAGGACAAGAAGAGGGGACAGACAUGGCGCUUUCGUGUCUUUGAGAGUGCUAGAAACUGUUUUGAGGCCUGAAUAAUUCAAGGUUCAACGCAUCCCAGUAAAGAAUAGAUACAUAUCUGGAUUUUAAAUAGAACUGGAACCGACUCCUUGAUGUUUGGGACACCUCUGCUCGUAGAUGCAUGACCGUUGUUUGUCCGCAAUAGUUUUCCCAGUUUAUCUCAGGGCGGUCCGACUACUAUUCUGCAUCCUUCAAAUGACUUCCAUCGAGUUUCUACAUUUUUUUUCAUUUUUUUUCCCUCUCAGUAUCUUUUCCUCUCAUUAAAGAAUAGGAUAAUGAGACACUUCCCUCGGGGCGUUCUCACCCAGUGUGUUUUGAAAAGGACAGAAAGACACAAAGACAGGAUGCAAGACAGUGAGAAAGCAUUCAUUACAGCACGCAGAAGAAACACACUGCUGGAGUUUUCCUCACAGAACACAUUUGGUUCUUAUGUUAAUGUUUGUCGCAGUAUUUUAUGAAGUCCUACCAAAAUAGUGGUUUUGUACUGAUCAAGUGUAUAUAUGCAGCAUAUUCAACAAAUGUUAUUUAAAGAAUUUUGAACACAUUCCAAAUCAUUUUCUGUCUUCCCGUUUAUCUCGAUGAUUUCUUUGACAUUCUGGGAUUUGUUUUUGUCUUUAUACACCCUGUCCACUUCUCAUUCUGUAGCUCAGAAUAGCAAAAGUAGAAAAAGUUAUUUUUUAAAAGUAAAUUGAAUUAACAUGUUUUACUUUUAAAUAACUUGAAUUUUAAAAAGUAAAAGUGUGGUAUGCAUAGCUUAGUCUUUGCAUGCUUGAUAGGUUUUUAUAUAUAAAUUCACUAAUUGUAGUAGAAUCAAAGUAUUACAUUUUGUAAGCAUUUUAUUUUGUUGUUACAGAUGUGUUUUAUAGUUUUGAAUAAAAUCUGGAUUGAAAUCAAGUUUUGCAUUUUACAAGGACUUUACAUUUGGAAUGUGUCCUAGCUGAGCUGAAAUAAAAGCUCCUGCCAAGUUACAGUUUUUGACUGAAGCUGAAUUUAUUUUGUGACAAUGAUAGUAAAAAGAAAAAAAACUCGUUGUCCACUUGUUGUCCUUGAUGUUAUUUCCCCAAAUUAAAUAAUAUACACACUUCAAAUGACAAUGGGGCUGCAUUUUAUUUUGAAACAGGAUGUAUUUGCAGUUUGGUGGAGGGUUGUUUCAGUCUGCCAAGCCUCUGUGGAUGAAGGGAAGUAUCUUCACAUUACACACUGUCCCUCUGUGGCCUGUGGGCAUGAUUUGAAUGGUUCUUAAUGGCUAUGUAGGGCAGGAAGGUGAUGUUUAGAACUCAUCUGUUUGGCUUGAUUAACCAAGGCAAACCCUGCUGCAGCACCUGAUAAUGGCUUCUAAUUACAAACCAGUGGAGGGAAUAAUUAAACCUCAGUCUGUUUGUGUUUAUACAGAAACAGGAAAAGUGUCAUUUUUAACUAACUAAUAAAAGAAAACCUUA